AUGACAAAAAUGGGAAUGUACAGCUCCUCCAACCUGCCCAAGAUUAUGGAGUACGUCAGACGUCGUCAAGAUGAUCAAUUCUUAUUGGAUCAGAAAAUUCUUCAAAAGGCCACUAGAACUUGCCUUGACAUCAGAAACACAUACAACAGAGCUCAACUUCUUCAAAGAGACUACAGGAUGCGCGGUUUGGCCCUUGGAGACCUCCUCGACGAUGCUCAUCUUUUAGGGAACAAAUGCGAAAAAAUGCUCGAAGAUAGAAAGCGACGGGACUAUCUCGAAGGACGAGUACGACAGAAUGUUCGACGACGGUAA